GGUGGCUCACAACCAUCUGUAAUGAGGUCUGGUGCCCUCUUCUGGCCUGCAGGCAUACAAACCUCAGACAAAAGCAGGUGUUUAAGUAGUGAACAAAAUCGGCAGUAGAAAAAGUGUUUGGGGGGGGGGCUGAAUAAACACACAGCAGACAUACAGAGGAAAAGACCCUCUGCAAAGUAGAUCAAGACUGCGAGCCCCUGUAAAUUUCAAAAUCCAGGCUCCUUAUCUGUCUGUCUACCAGGGAGUCUAACCCCUAGUCUCUCAAACUCAAAAUACAGUGCCAGAGUUUCUAGCCCUGCUUGUGAGACAAGGCAAGACAAAGCAGAGGAUCCACCAUCUUGCAUUUUUGUUGCGGUCAUUUCAGGUUUACCAAGAAUUUGAGCUCCUUGAUCAAGAAUCCCCCACAGAAGAUUGCUCAGCUCCAUUCUAGGAACCAAGGCCAAGAUGUCUCCAAUAACUUACUUAUCUUAGCUUCUGUUAAAUCACUUGCUUGUGCAAAUCUCCCCCUGCAACUGCUGAGCAAGAUAUCAGGAUGUGGUUUUGACCUCAAAUAGCCACUUGGUAUAAUUGUCUGAGGCCGCGCUUGGGUCCCUAAAUACCUGUGUAGUCCCAGCCAGCUGGAAUAGAGUCUGAGUGGUCAUCUCUGGCGGCUCCUGUAGUGCUUGUACCUGGCAAGGCCUCCAUUGCCGGUCUCACCUCAUUCCAAGCGCUGUCUGCUGUCUUCACCCCUUCCCUGGAGUUUCAGUGCCCACAAGGUCCUCUUGGUGAUCUCCUGUACGCUCUUAACCCCUCCAUGACUUCUAUCACUAGCCAAGAGCCAGCAAGUAGAGGUCCCCCUGUGCUAAUUCUUGCCUGGGACACAAGAAGCACGUGUCUAAGGCUGUAAACUAAGUUUGUUGGUUGUUGUUUGGUUUUGUUUCUUUAUUUUUUGAGUCCCCAGAUCACACCAGAGCUUUCCAAAGCAUGCCACAGAGCACAUUCUACAAACGCUCCAUCAACACUCUCCCACUGAGGGACAGACGUGAAAGGUAGGGCAGCUCUCUGAGGCCCUGAGUUCCCCGCACUACUUGUUUGAGCACACCCAGUCCUCCUGCCCGUUCAUGCUCCAGCAGCAUCUUCCCUUCCCCAGCUCUGGGCUGGGCUCCGGGACCAGCUAAAGGCCCCAAGCUUGAGGGUGUUGGACCAGUCCAGCCUUUCUUGUGCAAUCAUCCUCUCUCCAGUGGGCUCUCCGUGCUAGAAGAAAGCCUGCUUGCGUCAGAAGCACCUGGUGAGAGGUGAUUUCACCAUCACCCAAGCACGGCUGCCUGGUGCUCACUUGUCUUCGGGAGUCAGCCUCUAUAUCUAUCGAAGCAAAACCGGGAUCCUGACACUCAGCCAUGAUGAGGACAGGCUUCCAGAGGGUGGCAAGACUUGCCCGCCACAAAGCUCUCCUGAGAACCCAUCUCCUGACCAGACUCCACCAGGCCUCAGCGUUCGGAUCAUCCACAGACUCCCUGGUUGCAAGAUUCUGUCCAGAGAAAACAGAUUUAAAGGAUUAUGCCCUUCCCAACUCCAGCUGGUGUCCAGAUAUGCUGAGCCUGUACCAAGAAUUUCUGGAGAAAACCAAGUCAGGCGGGUGGAUUAAAAUACCCUCCUUCAAGUCCAACAGAGAACAUAUCCAAGGGCUUAAGCUCCCAUUAGGGCUAGAAACUGCCUCAGACAAACAGGACUGGCGCAUCUUUACCAGGUGCAUCCUGCUGGAAGGACAAGGCUAUGAAUAUGUCAUCUUUUUCCACCCAUCUGAGAAGAAGUCAGUCUGUCUUUUCCAGCCAGGCCCUUACCUGGAGGGGCCACCAGGGUUUGCCCAUGGAGGGUCACUGGCAGCCAUGAUGGAUGAGACAUUUUCUAAAACUGCCUAUCUGGCUGGAGAAGGACUAUUCACACUAAGUCUCAACAUCAGGUUUAAAAACUUGAUCCCCGUGGGCUCUCUGGCUGUCCUGGACAUUCAAGUAGAAAAGAUUGAAGACCAGAAGCUGUACAUGUCCUGCAUCGCCCAGAGCAGAGACAAGCAGACAGUCUAUGCCAAGUCCUCUGGUGUUUUUCUUCAGCUGCAGCUGGAGGAACAGCCACCCCAGUAGCAAUGACUAUGCCUUCAGCAAAGUCAAUGUCUUCCAGUGCCCACCUCCCACCAGCACCAACAGAGGACCCGGAGCUCCUGCCAAGUGCCAGGCACUCAAUGAGGUGUCUGGUCUGCUGCAUUGGGGUCACUGACCUGGAGAUGCAGCCCAGAGCACCACAUCAGGAUUAUCUCACCUUCCCCUGGCUCCCGUCAGAAGAUACAAAUGUACCAUCAGAAGAUACAAAUGUACCGCUGCUUCUCCUUUUGUAACUAUGAGGUCACCUGGGGAUGUGCAGUCUUCAGGAUAUGUGAUCUAGAGCAGCUUCGCUACCUAGACAACAAAUCGCUAAUGAUGUGAUGUCUCAGCGUUAGAGCGAUUGACUGUUUGAGUUGUAUCAUGUUAAUAAAAUUUUUUGUUACCUUCUCCGCCCCCAUUUACAUUGGGUAUAAAAGCCAUGGAAAAAUAAAC